ACUCUUUACCGUUUGUCACACUCUUACUUUUACUGACACCCGCAAGUGUCGGACCACUGUUGCUCUUGUUGCUUUCUAUUUUCUUUUCCGUGACUUUUCUCGACGAGUGGACCGAACAAAAGCAAACAUGUGGACUUCACGUCCGCCCAAAGAGCAGGGCCGCCCUGCUGCGGGCACUAACGACUGCUGAGCAUGCUGGCCAAGGCUCCGCCUACAACCAGCAGACUUGAUCUGGUGAAUGCUGAAAGUUUGGACGGCCCGGCGACUGACGGAAUCAAGAUGGUCGAACUUGUAGAGAGCUUGGAUGCCCGAGAGCUGGACUUUGAUGAAGGGGAGGACGUGGACUACGAGGGAAACUGCCUAGGGGACUGCCGCAUCCCGUUCUCGGCCGUGUACGCUACGGUGGGCUUCAAAGAGGCCAGCGCCAAGGUCUUCCUUCCCACGGUGCCCAUCACCGCCCGCAUCCUGGAGGUGGAGCGCUUCACCACGGCGCAGGAUCGCUUUAAUCUGUCGCAGCACAGGAGCGUCAACAAGUCUCUGCCCGCCGUGUUCAAGAUUGAGAUGAAGCACGGCGAGUUCACGUGGAUGGUGAAGAGAAAAGAGAAGCACUUUAUGGAGCUGCACCGAGAGCUGAGGACCUACAAGACUUUUAUGAGGAUACCGCUGCCGUCGCGCAGUCACACGGUGAAGAGGAGGACGGUGAGGAAGAGCGAGGUGAGAGAGAUGCCCUCGCUGCCCAGGGGCGGAGGCGACGAGCUGGUGCGGGACGAACAGGUGUCCAGCCGGCGGAGACAAUUGGAAGACUAUUUGAACAAGCUGCUGAAGAUGGGGUUGUACCGCAAAUAUCACCACACUAUGGAGUUCAUUGACGUCAGCCAGUUGUCUUUCAUUCACGAGCUGGGCCCCAAAGGACUGGAAGGGAUGAUAUACAAGCGCUCCGGAGGUCAUCGCAUCCCCGGCAUGAACUGCUGUGGUCACACACAAGCCUGCUACCGUUGGUCCAAACGGUGGCUGGUGGUAAAGGACUCCUUCCUGCUGUACAUGAAGCCCGACUCGGGAGCCAUCUCCUUUGUGCUGCUGGUGGACAAAGAGUUCAGUAUCAAAAUGGACUCCAAAGACACCGAGACCAAGCACGGGGUUCGGAUUGACAGUCUUUCCAGGACGCUGGUGUUCAAAUGCAGCAGCUACAGACACGCCCGCUGGUGGGGUCAGAGCAUCGAGAACUUUGUCAGGAAUUACGGCAAGGCCUUCCUGCGCCAGCAUCGCUUCGGUUCCUUUGCGCAGGAGCAGGAAAACGUUCCUGCCAAAUGGUACGUGAACGGAAAGACUUACAUGGAGGACGUCGCCGACGCCUUGGAGGAGGCCAGAGAGGAAAUCUUCAUUACCGACUGGUGGCUGAGUCCCGAGAUUUUCCUGAAGAGACCUGUGGUGGAGGGAAACCGCUGGAGGUUGGACUGCAUCCUCAAGCGCAAGGCUCAACAAGGCGUGCGCAUCUUUGUGAUGCUGUACAAAGAGGUGGAGUUGGCACUGGGCAUCAAUUCGGGCUACAGCAAGCGAACCCUCAUGCGCCUGCACCCCAACGUCAAGGUGAUGCGCCAUCCCGACCACGUGUCCUCCUCCGUCUACCUGUGGGCGCAUCACGAGAAGCUGGUCGUCGUCGACCAAUCGGUGGCCUUCGUGGGCGGGAUCGACCUGGCGUACGGUCGCUGGGACGACGGGGAGCACCGGCUGACCGACGUCGGCAGCGUGACGCGCUCCGUGGCGCUCGAACAGGUGGCUUCCGCCGACGCUCAGUCCGCUACGGCGGCCCCGCCCGUCGACGGCGCGUCGCGGAGCAACGGAAGGGGGACGACCAACGGGGACCCCGUGGACCUGCCCAAGCUGAAGGGCGUCGGCCGCAGCCGUCGGGCGCGCUUCAGCUUGUAUCGACACUUGCACAAGCACACGCUGCAGCACGCGGACAGCGUCAGCAGCGCGGACAGCUCGGGGGGCGGCUCGGUGCGAAGCUUCAAGACGGGUGUGGGAGAGUUGCAGGGAAACACUCGCUUCUGGCAUGGAAAAGACUACUGCAACUUUGUCUACAGGGACUGGAUCCAGCUGGAAAAACCUUUUGACGACUUCAUCGACCGCUACACCACUCCCAGAAUGCCGUGGCAUGACAUCGCCUCGGUGGUGCACGGCAGAGCCGCUCGCGACGUGGCGCGCCACUUCAUUCAGCGUUGGAACUUCACGAAGAUCAUGAAACCAAAGUACCGCUCUCUGUCUUAUCCAUUCCUGCUGCCAAAGUCUCACUCCAGCGCCACCGAGCUGCGCUACCAAGUGCCCGACUGUGUGCAUGCCAAAGUGCAGGUUUUGCGGUCAGCGGCCGAUUGGUCGGCUGGCAUCAAGUACCACGAGGAGUCCAUCCACAACGCAUACAUCCAAGUCAUCGCCAAGAGCAAACACUACAUCUACAUUGAGAACCAGUUCUUCAUCAGCUGCGCUGACAACCGGACGGUGUACAACAAGAUCGGAGACGCCAUCAUCGAGAGGAUCCUCAGAGCGCACAAGGAGGGCAAUAAGUAUCGCGUGUACGUGGUGACCCCUCUGCUUCCCGGCUUCGAGGGGGACAUCACCACAGGCGGGGGCAACGCCAUCCAGGCCGUCAUGCACUUCAAUUACAGAACCAUGAUUCGAGGGGACUACUCCAUCAUCUCUCAACUUAGGAAGGAGAUGGACGACCAUUGGAUGAACUACAUCUCCUUCGCCGGCCUUCGGACUCACGCCGAGAUGGAAGGCCGCCUGGUGACGGAGCUCAUCUACGUGCACAGCAAGAUGCUCAUCGCCGACGACAAUACCGUCAUCAUUGGCUCGGCCAACAUCAACGACCGGAGCAUGCUGGGUAAGCGCGACAGCGAGGUGGCGGUCAUCGUGGAGGAUACGGAAACGGUUGCCUCGGUGAUGGACGGACGCGAGUUCGAAGCUGGCCCGUAUGCGCUCGGCCUGCGUCUGGAGUGCUUCAGGACGAUCCUCGGCGGUCACGGCGACGCAGCCAUCGAUCUCUCGGACCCCAUCAGCGACCGCUUCUACAAGGAGGUGUGGAUGACCACGGCCGGCCGAAACGCCACCAUUUAUGAGAAGGUGUUCCGUUGCCUUCCCUCCUCGCUGGUACGCAACAUGUCCGAGCUGGAGCAAUACCAGUCCAAGCCCGGCCUGGCCCAGGCCGACCUGGCCCGCGCUCAGGAGGAGCUGCGCAAGAUCCGCGGCUUCCUGGUGCAAUUUCCUCUGGACUUCCUGUCAGAGCACAACCUCAUGCCCUCGGUCGGGACAAAGGAAGCCAUGGUGCCCACCGAGAUAUGGACGUAGGACUUUUUAAAAGCCGGAUACUGGGACGCUAUCUCGCAGUUGCAGCGAGCAUGAUGGGAUGCCACUUCCUGUUCCAACAAAGGGACCAGGCGCUUGGUUUUAAUACAACCCAUAUUAGGUAGAGAGGGCAAUGCAUGCAUGCGUGUGUUUGUACGCGCAUCAGCUGCGUUAGGUUGCCGAGAUGCCGCUUGACACCAGGGGUGGGAACACUGAGGCUGACAUUGUAUGUGGUUAUUAAAACUUGGUAGCAAAAUCUAGAGGACUAGGUUGCUUUUGAAGGAGCCCUGGAAAUGGCUAAAACCACCCUAAAAUGGCCACUUCAAGACAAGAUGCUAGACUUAUUGUCUUUUCUGACAUGGGUUCUUCCGACUUUUUUGUGGGUCUGCUCAUGAGAGACAUGCCAAGCAAGUUCAUGUUGCUAUGUCAAACUGGCGUCGGUGGCUGAAUUUUUCAAAACAUUCUCAAGGCUGCAAUUAAGUCAAAAUGGCCUCUUGAACCAAAAUGGUUGCCUUCAUUGUCUCUUUAGGCGUGGGUUCUUCAGACUUUUUGGUGGGUCUGCUCAUGAGAGACAUGCCUAGCAAGUUUCAUGUUGCUUGUCAAACUGGCGUCGGUGGCUGAAUUUGUAAAAACAUUCUACAGGCUGCAAUCAAGUCAAAAUGGCAGACGCGGCGUGUUUAUUUUUGCAUGGGUUUUUGAGACUUUUUUGUGAGUCUUCUCAUGAUAGACAUGCCGACCAAGUGUCAUCUUACUAAGUCAAGCUGGCUUCAGGGGCUGGAUUUUUAUAAACACUCUAAAGGGUGCAAUCAAGUGAAUAUGGUCACUUUGAGCCAGAAUGGCAGACUUCAGUGUCUGUUUGGGCAAUGUUUUUUUUUAGACUUUUUUUGUGGGUCUGCCCUUGAUAGACAUGCCUAAAACUAACUCACAACACCAAGGGAAAUUGAAUUGGCUAAAAUGAAAUGUCUGCUUCAAAGUUCAAACCAAAAUGUGUAGGGAUGGGUCCUAGAAUCUUUUUUGUGGGUCAUGAUAAACAUGCCUAUCAAAUGUCACGUUCAUAAGGUGGCUUAAUUGUGUUUGAAUAACUUUUAGAAAUGGAUUAAAAUAA